UCUGUGCAACGUUCUCACCAUGGCCUUGCCGACCGGCCGGCACGCUAGUCUUCUCAGGCCUCACUGGCCGGCCCAUUUACGAUCGAGAGCACGCCGAUGCGCCUCUCGUGCACACCGGGGAGAGCGACGAGCUGCUGCAAUGCAGGGCAGCCGUCUGCUUCCGGCUCACCUUCUUCAUCAUGACCGGCGUCUGUCUCAAUCUCGUCCUCAUCAAAAGGACCACGGGAGUCUAUCAGACCCUCUACGGCCAGCAAGACGAAACCAAGCCCGCGAGCCCGAGUCCUGGCCCCAGCAAUCUGGCCGUCGUGACAGAGGAAGCUUAAGACAUUUUUUCAGCUGCAUAAAUUACCUCUUACUCCAAGGUUCUUAUUCGUGAGUCCCCGAGCAUUAUAGCAGGGCCGAAAGGGUGCACAGAUUCAGGGAAAUGCCAGGUACAAGACGGUCAUGUAAACUCGAAUAAUUAUCUUGUCACAUUAUCUUGUGCUAUGAUGUUCAUUAAUCGACGCUUGAGCAUAGGAUUCGGUGUGGCGGCAGGAAUGAACGUGACGGGUGAAAGCGAUGCAAGGAUGCUGCUAUGUUGCUAUUCCUACUAAUUUUGCCCAUGGGAGUUAAUCCAGGAUUUAUUAUCCGCAGCUUCACCUGUCCCCUGUAACCGUGAGGCAGAAUCUUAACGACUGGUUGUAUACUCUGCCACGAGAGAAGCUGUAGGGAACAUGGCUAGAGGGACUUGCUUAUUGGUGGCAACCAGUGAUCAAGGCUCUGGCAACUUCCACGAUUCAGCUGGUGCAAAGUUGGAUCUGACACGAAGGUAAUAGACAUAGAUACGAUCCUGAGCAUGGAAAGCAGAGGAAUGGACGAGGGGUCGUAGAAGCGAUCUGCUUGUUCCAGCAGUUUGUGCGAGAUGUAUAAUUUGAGUAGAUUAACAUUCGGGAGCAGGCUCAGGCCAGAGGUGAAGGAAUUUCAAGAUAUUCGCCCGUAAGUUUUUGCCAGUGGCAGUGCGCAUUUAAGAUAGUCUCGUUUCUGUUGAAGCAAUUGUGAGAAGCUAAGGUUACAAGAUCCUGUAGGCAACCAUUGCAGGUAAGGAGAAUCGCUGUGGUGAUUCAUACAUUUAUGCCCCCACUUACACUCUAAGGUAUCGAGCUAACGCCAGAAAGCCAAGGUGGACUUGGCUCUGGAUUAGUUUCCCUCCAAGUUACAUCCGCCCACGCUGCCGGGUACCAUCGGCAAGCUAAGAGGUAUAUUUUAGAAGGUUGAUCCAGAUCUACACCACCAGAUCAUCUCAGAGCAAUACUUUACCAUUGCCUUAUGCUGCUGUAUCAAUAGUACUUUUCCCAACCCAUGAAUUGAUAGCUUGCUGAAAGUCCCCCAGCGUUACACGCAAGUACCUCAGAGAAUCGAGCGGAAGUAUCGCUUAUGAUGUUUCUGGUUUCUGGAAUAAAAUCAGGACAGAAUUUUCUGACAUUCAACUGCUACAGUUCAUUCUCUCCGAAACUUACUCAAUUCAAGCACUGCUUUUCGAGCACCUUUUUCCGCUGUCUGAAGUCACCUAUAUAAUUUAGACAUCUAGUCUCAUCUGCUUUGUCGGGCGGAUUCCACUAUUCUGACCCACUGCUUAGUGGAUGUCUAAAGAAACCAAUGUGUUAGAUCCAAAACAAUUUUGGCAACGAUACUUCUUCAGUUUCACAGACUGAAGCACUUUAGAUAGAUCGCACACCUGCUCACUCUUGUCAGUGGGAUGAUCAUUUCUGAGCUCUCGUUUUGGAUUGUAUUUAGCAUUUCGUUUGAUCGAGAUCUAAACUCGCGAUCUGGUCACGUCGCACGUCCACUGUUAUAUCAGUCGUGUAGGCUGCGACUCCCUUCACACUUCUCCUCAGCCGCCGUCUAAUGGUGCUUCAGUUGAUACAAGCCCCGUCACAAAGUAUUCAAAUUUAACUUAGUGGGGUGGAGAAGAUUUUUGCAGUAUUCAUUAAAUUUUAAUGAUCUAGAACGCCUUCAGAUCUAUGAGGAUGUGCAUGGCAGCCGCAGCAAGGGAAUGAAGGAAAGCUGUUGUGAAGAGUGUAGGAGAGAAGCACUGUCGCUGGAUUUCCCGGCACCGCGAUGGUGCUCGCUGCAACCAACCCCCGAUCAGACAUCGUCAUCUAUACAGAGGGAACAAUUCCCUCGAGCCAGGGAGGUUUCUUACCUCUCUAGGAGGCAGGGGAUUUGAAAUCUCCUAGGCGAUGGCAGAGCGCAGAGCUCGGAAAGGCGGUGCUCGAUCCGAGGAAAGCCAUAUUUACAAUCGUCUGGAAUGUUCCCAUGAAAAUCUGAAGGAGACCUGCUUGCCGUAUAUGAGACCUAGUCCAGACAGUCUUCGUGACGGAUCUGUGCCAAUUCACAGGCAGCGUCUGGCGUCUCAAUUUUUUUUGACAGGCGCGUGGAUCCGUCUGCCGAUUCGACACCUGAUUCUCAAAUUAUCAAGUUCGCAGCGUUCGCAGCGUCUGAAGUCGAGUUGAAGAAUUCUCUCAAUUCUCUCAAUUCUCUCAGUUUCUUUCGACACGCGCGUGGAUCCGUCUGCCAAUUGGAUUCGACACCUAAUUCUGCGAACUCGAGAAAGUUCUCAAGUUCGCAGUAAGUUUGCAGAAAAGCUUCCAAUCAACUCUGUUGCGAUGAAUUUUCAAGGCGUCGUGCUUGCCGGGGGCGGAGGGCUUUCGAAGGCGCUGUUGCCGGUGGAAAAUCGCCCGCUGAUUAGUUAUGUGUUGGAGCUCAUGGAGGCGAGUAACAUCAAGGAUGUCAUCGUCGUGGUGGCUGGCGAUGAAGCUGCAACUCAGGUCCUGGAGAACUGGAUUUCAAAUGCCUUUGAUGAUCGCUUAAACGUAGAGGUAGUUUCAGUUCCCGAGGACUACGAAACUGCCGAUGCGCUGAGGAAAAUAUCUCAUUGGCUUAUUACAGAUGAUUUUCUUGUUGUUAGUGGGGAUCUUGUCAGUGAUGUGCCACUCGAGGCAGUCGUAGCAGCACAUCGGCGGCAGGAUGCUGUGGUUACGGCUCUCUUGUGCGGGCGUCCUAAGCUGAACUCUUCCGAAGGCAGCACUGGGAGUUCCAGCAAGGAUACAACGAAGCUGCCAGUUUCUGAUGUGAUUGGUCUGGAUUCUACGCAUCAGCACCUUUUGUUCCUUGCAUCUAGUGGACAAGUUGAGAAGGAGCUGAGGAUGAAGCGAUCGCUACUCCGUGCAGCUGGGAACAUGGAGAUCCGGACCGAUUUAGUGGAUGCACAUCUUUACGCCUUCAAGAGAGUUGUUGUCCAAGAGAUCUUAGAUUCCAGACCUGGAAUCAAAUGCAUAAAGCGCGAUUUGGUUCCUCUUUUAAUUCGAUCGCAACUCCGCCUCGGCUCUAGUCGAGUCACAGCAUCUAUUUCAGAAGAGGGUUCUGACCAGCCCCGAGGAGGGUCAUUGGAGAACGGGGUCGAUGCGGUCAGUUCCUUGACAGAUGAAGUUUCUGCUCUGUUGCAGCGUGUGUGCUCGAACAAGCCUUCUUCACCUUGGAAAUGUUGUGCAUAUGUGGCAAGCCCUGCCAAGUUUUGAGCACGAGUGAAGUAUUUUCAAGCUUAUGGAGAGGUGAAUCGAGCUGUUGCCGAUGAAGUUAUUCAUCUGACAGGCUAUAAAGUAUCUACCCCACAACAACGUGGUUCAUGAAACAGCUGCGACUGGUUCUAAGACCUCUCUCGGACCUUAUUGUUUGGGUGGAGAGGGGUCAGAGAUGGGGGACAAAUGUAGGAUCAAACGCUCAGUCGUUGGAAGGCACUGUAGAAUAGGCUCCACUGUCACGAUUGUGAACUCGGUGGUAAUGAAUUAUGUGACCAUUCAGGAUUUCUGUUCCAUUCAAAGCUCUGUAGUUUGCAGCAAUGCCCUCUUGCAAGAACGGUAGUCCCUGAAGGACUGCCAAGUUGGAGCAAGUUGCGCCGUAGAGGCGAACCAGGAGUAUCGUGGGGAGGCCCUGACAAAGAAGGAAAAAGCCUGAGUAAGCAUCUGUCUCCCACUUGAAACCGUUCAAUCCUUUUUUAGGAAGAGAUCCUAGUGUAUAGCUGUACAUUCCCAAUUUUGAUCAGAAGAACUGCGAGCACCUGCCAAAUAUGUUUGGCUCACUACUUUCCAAUAAUUUAGUCACCUGUUAUGCAGUGGUUUGGGAUGAUCGAUUUGAAUCAGACUCAUACCUGGUUGUAACAGUACGAAAUGUGUGGCUAUUGAUCUUAACGAUGUAAGUUGUUAAUAAAGUAUAUUUUCCAGGAAGA